CGAGAGUUGAGAAGAUCAUGUCUUCCAACCUCCAACGUCCUGCAAAACAGGAACCGAGCCGUCAAUUUCAUCCUCCCUGGCCACGAUGAAGGGUCACCACCAGCACCCUCUCCUCCAGAACAGGCUGUCUUUCAGACUGCUAUGUGCAGCGUUCUGCUUUGGGUUCUCGGGUGCCGCUCGGGGUCUCGAUGGAGGCCUGAUUGCUAGUACUGUUGCAGAACAAUCUUUUAUCGACCAGUUCCACCUACAUGCCAGCUAUCUCAGCGCUUCUGAAAAGGCAGAUCGAUUAUCCGACGUCACGUCUAUGGUACAUAUUGGCAGUUUGCCGGGGGCUAUUGUUGCUUUUAUCCUCUGCGAGCGAAUCGGUAUGCUAUGGACCAUCCGUCAAGCUUGCCUCCUGUGGAUCAUCGGUUCAAUUGUCUUCAUUACAUCGCAAACACUUGGACAAGUAUAUGCUGGAAGGUUUAUCAUGGGGCUGGGCAUUGGGCAGUAUGGCGUGAUUGCACCCGUUUACCUGGGUGAAGUAGCUCCACGGCAGAUUCGCGGCAUGAUUGUGGGCAUGUACGGCAUGUCAGAAUAUCUGGGAAUUAUGAUAGGGUACUUCUCUAUAUGGGGUGCCUCCAUUCAUAUCCCCAGCUCGAGUGCCAGGCAGUGGGUCAUUCCGCAGAGCAUCCAAAUCAUGUGGGCAGGAUUACUCGUACUUUGUUCCUUUCUCUGUGAGGAGAGUCCUCGGUUUCUGUGCAAGAUAAAUCGUCCCAGAGCCGCCUUACACUCAUUCGCAAGACUAUGGAACUUGUCCGUCAUGGACCCUGGUAUUCAUGUUGAGAUAGCGAACGCCCAGGCCCAAGUCGAGUUGGAGCACCAGAAUAGAUCUUCGCUGCGUGUCUUGGGUGCUAUCAAAGAGCUUUUCACAACGAAGGACAAUUUGAGGCGUAUCGCUCUCAUCUUCACUCUUCAAUGUCUAGGAGAGUGGUCCGGUCCCAAUUCUGUGACAACUUAUGCUCCUGAGCUCUUUGAGCUCUUUGGCAUUGAGGGGCAAUCGCAAAAGCUCUUCACGACUGCAAUCCUUGGAGCUGUCAAAUUCGCAUCUGCGCUGGUUUCCGCGUUGUUCUUGCUCGAUGCAUUGGGCAGGCGGAAGACGCUUUAUCUCGGUCUGGUUAUCCAGAUCACAGCUCUUGCAUAUGAUUCUAUCUUUCUCACGAUCUUCGCAGACCUGUCGCCGAGCUUGCAGCAGGAACCAACAGUCAGACACGCAGCUAUUGGCGCGAUUGUGAUGAUCUACAUGACCGGACUCAGUUGGGCGCUUGGAUGGAACUCGAUGCAGUACCUCAUCCCAGCGGAAACAUUCCCACUGAGAGUUCGAAUUGUCGGAGUAAGCAUGGUCACACUUUGGCACUACGCCAACCGGAUUGGAGUUUCUAAGGCUACCCCUAUGAUGCUCCUCAGUCACGACUCGCUCACGCCCAAAGGCACGUUCUGGUUCUUCACAGGCAUAUCUGUGCUGGGACUUCUGUUCGUCUGGGUCUUCGUUCCGGAGACAUCUGGCAAAGGACUCGAAGAGACGAACGCGCUAUAUACAGGCCAUCGCAAUCCUCAAACGCCACAUUUAGCUAUUGAUGACGACUCAAAAUUGAGCCAGAUUGCGGAAUUGGCCCGCAACUCUAAUUUGACGAGCGAAAGCAGCUCCGAUCAAUCGGGCCGCCACCGGUAGGAGGCAAACCCGCGUAUUUCCGUGAUGGUUGUGAUAUAUCCGUCUUCACAGCUACCCCGCAUUCUUGUACACCGCGAAAAGUCUCGGCGACUCCACAUUCCUCAACAUUUGAUCGAUCAUUUCCGUAGCGAGAUAUCGAAGCUUACCAUUAUUGUCAGUGGUCUCGGAUCAUGCUCG